ACAGUGAAAGUAAGCCAAAUGAACUACUCGAAUGCUUAAGCAGUGAUUAGUUCGUUCAUUGGCCAUCGCUCAGGUGAACCAAUUCCGCAACUCUUUUUUGUUUAUAAAAAUCAAAAAAUGGGAUUGACGUGGCAGCGGUUGAGACUUAAUUUGUUAAUAUUGGCAAUUGCACUUAUAUCCUCUUGCCAAUUAAUUGCAUUGACUAGCGCACAGGAAGCAACACAGUCAUGGUAUGAAAAUUUGCCUGCUGUGGCAAUGGAUUAUAAGGUGCACAUAGACGCCGGCAAGGAGGAUUGCUAUCAUCAGUAUGUGCAAGCUGGUGCCACCUUCUAUGUUUCUUUCAGUGUGGUUCGUGGAGGAGAUGGUAUGGCAGGCUUUGCCGUACGCAAUCCGGCGGGCGAAAUUGUAAAGCCCUACCAAUGGCAAGCUACAGCUGAUUAUACAGAUCAAGUCUCGCCAGGAGGAUAUUAUUCCGUUUGCAUUGAUAAUCAGUUUUCGCGCUUCGCUGGCAAAUUGGUUAACAUUUAUAUAACGGUUGUUAAAUACGAUGCUUGGGAUAAAUACGCAAAGGAAAUUGAGGAGUUGCAGCUAAAUAUGCAGAAUUUCACAACUACAAUUGGCACUGUGGAGCGCAAUAUUAAUGAUAUGUUGGGCUAUCAGGCGCAUAGCAGACAUCGAGAGUCGAGGGACUAUGCUUUGCUGCUCGAUAAUAAUUCCUAUAUACAAACGUUCUCAAUUAGUCAAAUUGUUGUCAUACUAAUCACCUGCUCCAUACAGGUCUUCUUCGUUCGCAAACUUUUUGAUGUGAGGUCGGGCUCAAAGAGUCGUAUAUAGAUGCUAAUUGUGCACAAAACUGUAAAGAAAACUUUUAUACUUUCCUCUAUGUUUUAUACGUACACCACACGCACACAUACACACACACGCACGCACACUUCCUUCCAUUGCAACAUUCAUUAUCAAUUUUAUAUGUAUUUAUUUUAUUGUUGGCAAACAGAACAAGUGCAAAGCUGAACAGACUACUAACUACUACAACAACUAUUUAUCAUAUAUACA